UACAUAUUUCAGAUCGUUCCAUGUUAAGAUCAUUUAUAACUGUUUUAAUUAAACCAUCCCAGACCGAUGUCGAUGUCACUUCUUGCUGGAAAGGUGUGCGUUGUUACUGGCGCCACGCGGGGAAUAGGAAAAGGAGUUGCCUUACAACUGGCUGAGCAAGGCGCUAAGGUGUUUAUCACUGGAAGGACUUUAAAACCACGCCAAGGUUCCGACGUCGGGGGAUCUUUGCAGGAAACGGUUAGGGAAGCUAGAGAACGCGGGGGCAUGUGCGUAGCGAUCACGUGUGAUCAUUCUAAAGAAGCGGAUAUAGAGCGACUGUUUGAGACCGUGAAGACUGAGACUGACGGACAGUUGGAUAUUCUUGUCAAUAACGCAUUUAGCGCAACAAACACGAUCAUUUCAACGCAUGAAAAGCCGUUUUAUGAGUUUCCAAUCUCUGUUUGGGACGAUUUCAACAAUGUUGGUUUACGCAACAAUUAUAUUUGUGCAACGUAUGCAGCUCGUUUGAUGGUGCCCCAAAGGAAAGGACUUAUUGUUAAUAUAUCCUCAAUUGGUGGUUUGCGAUACAUGUUCAAUGCGCUAUACGGAAUCGGAAAGGAUGCAUGCGACCGCAUGGCUGUAGAUUGUGGAGUUGAUCUGCGUAAACACAAUGUGGCAUUCGUGAGCUUAUGGCCAGGACUUGUUAGCACAGAAAAUGUCAUUCACGCCCUUCAAUCUAAAACCCAUACCAACAAUGAUGAUGACCGCAAAAUACUAGGAGGAAAUUACGAUCUGCUAUCAGUUUUCAAAAGCGUGGAGUCAACAGAGUAUUCGGGAAAAUGCAUAACGGCCCUUGCCAAUGAUCCGAACAUAAUGGCAAUGAGCGGUAAGGUACUGACAACGUUCGAUCUCGGCCGGAAGUACAAACUGAAGGACGCUCAUGGACACACACCGCUCGACAUUUGCACGAUUAAAAUGCCCUUCCAGAAAAAAGAACCUUCUCUAGGGACCGGAAGCUCUGUCCGCAUUCCGAAGUGGCUUUUGUGGCUGAAGGCAAAUCGUCUUUGAAGAGCUACAAAGUGAUUGACUAACAUACGGUUGUAAAGGGGCGUAUGUAUAGUGAUUGACUAACGUGCGGUUGUAAAGGGGCGUAUUUAAAGUGAUUGACUAACGCGCGGUUGUAAAGGGGCGUAUGUAAAGUGAUAGACUAACGUGCGGUUGUAAAGGGGCGUAGGUAAAGUGAUAGACUAACGCGCGGUUGUAAAGGGGCGUAUGUAAAGUGAUAGACUAACGCGCGGUUGUAAAGGGGCGUAUGUAAAGUGAUAGACUAACGUGCGGUUGUAAAGGGGCGUAUGUGAAGUGAUAGACUAACGUGCGGUUGUAAAGGGGCGUAUGUGAAGUGAUAGACUAACGUGCGGUUGUAAAGGGGCGUAUGUGAAGUGAUUGACUAACGUGCGGUUGUAAAGGGGCGUAUGUGAAGUGAUUGACUAACGUGCAGUUGUAAAGGGGCGUAUGUGAAGUGAUUGACUAACGUGCGGUUGUAAAGGGGCGUAUGUGAAGUGAUUGACUAACGUGCGGUUGUAAAAGGGCGUAUGUAAAGUGAUUGACUAACGUGCGGUUGUAAAGGGGCGUAUGUGAAGUGAUUGACUAACGUGCGGUUGUAAAGGGGCGAAUGUAAAGUGAUUGACUAACGUGCGGUUGUAAAGGGGCGUAUGUGAAGUGAUAGACUAACGUGCGGUGGUAAAGGGGCGUAUGUAAAGUGAUUGACUAACGUGCGGUUGUAAAAGGGCGUAUGUAAAGUGAUUGACUAACGUGCGGUUGGAAAGGGGCGUAUGUUGAGUCAGGUGACAGCAAAUCCGAUACCAUUUUAUACUUGAUUAUUCGAACGCUUUAAACCAUAUGUAAAAUAGCUUUGCUAAUCUGACCACAAAUAAUCUGACGAUCGUAUGUUUACUUUCAUUUCUGAAUUAGUUGUACAUUAGUACUAAUUUCCGCUGUUAGAUUUU